AUGGCAUCUGGAAAAGCAGACAUUGCGUUGGCAGAGAGGUCGCCGGAUCCUCCGCCGCUUGGGGAUGACAAGCAUCCCGGCAUGGUUGUCGACCUGGUCCACGCUAGUGAAGCCGAAUAUACACCGGACCAGUACCGCCGGCUGCUGCGCAAGGUAGACUGGAUCAUCCUCCCGUUGAUGUGGAUUAUCUCUGGCACGCAGUACGCUGACAAGGCGUCAAUCUCGAUCCAGGCCACAUUUGGCCUGAGCAAGACACCCAUCUGCGAGGCCCCCGGUAAUUAUAUAUUGCAGUGUGUCAAUGUUGGCCCGACCGUGGCCGUGUCUAUGUUCCUGUGGGGCGUCAUCGUGUUGUGCAUCGCCUUCGCCACCAACUUUGCGGGUCUAGCAGUGUUGCGAUUCCUUGAAGGUGUCACUGAAUGCACCACCUACCCAGCCCUUCUACUGAUCACAGCCACAUGGUAUACCAAGGAAGAACAUGCAAUGCGCUCGGUCAUCUGGGGCAGCGCUAACGCUGGGAUGGACGUAUUGACUAGCUUGGUUAACUACGGUAUUGGCCGCCGCGCUGAGACACACCCAAAUGGAAUGGCUCCCUGGAAGGGCAUCUCCUUCUUUCUAGGGGCGUUGACCGUUGUACUUAGCGGCAUCGCCUAUCUUUUCCUAGGUACACCACGCGAGGUACGCUGGCUGUCCCCUGAAGAAAAGCGCAUGGCUGCGGCGCGGGUGGUGGCCAGUCAGACUGGCUCAGAUGCCCAGAAGCGCACUCUGGAUUGGAAGCAGGUGGCCAUCACGUUCCGCGACCCUCAGACCUACUUCUUCUUCUUCCUCGUCAUUGUCAAUUCCAUUCCCAAUGGAGGCACAACUGCUUUUGGAAACCUCGUGUAUGUCUCCUUUGGUUUUACGGCCCUGGAGACCAUCGUUAAGGGUAAGAUUCCGCAACAGCUCCUAUCAAUCGCGUGGUUUUUGAUCGCUGGGUAUUUAACAUUGAAAAAACCGGAUAUCCGCUUCUAUAUCAUGAUUGCUUCCGUGAUUCCUGCCUUCUGCGGUAUGCUCGCACUGGCUCUGCUUCCUCACUCCUCGAGCCUGCUGUGGGCGCGCUGGGGCGUGUACUUCAUGACCAGUGUGGGCAAUCUGGCCGGUCCCUUGAUAUGGACUCUCUUGCCAUCCAACGUGGCAGGGCGGACAAAGAAGUCGGUUACAGGGACUGUGCUAUUCAUUGCCUACUGUGUAGGGAACUGCGUCGGUGCCCAGGUCUUCCGAGCUAAGGACGCGCCACGAUACAUUCCCGCGAUUGUAGUAUGUUCUAUUAUGUAUGGCCUGGAGAUAGUUUUGAUGAUCGCGUGGCGCACCUACUAUGUUUGGCAGAAUAAACGUCGCGCUUUACUGAUUGCCGCCAUGGCCAUGACUGCCCAGGAGUCAGCGCAUCAGGGCCGCCUAAAUGCAGAGUCUGACAUGACAGACUACGAGAACAUUCACUUUGUUUACAGUCUGUAG